UCGAUUCUGCUUUAAUAGCUUGUGCAUAAUACAGGUUUAACUGUUUAAAUGUCAGUAGAUACUUGUUAAGGACUAAGAGAUUAUGUUUUCACAUUUGUGUUUGAUGAGGUGGAUGUGUUCACACAUACAGAUCUAUAUAACUGUCGCCUAAUAUACCGAUGAGAAAGAGAAAUCGUUGUAUCAUAUAUUGCUCUUCCAUCGUCAAACCUGGAUUGAUCAGACCUUUCCUGUAUAUCUUGAAGUCGAUAAAAUCAAAAUGCAUUCGAAGUAGAGGAGGUGUUAGCUGGUCGAAGAAUCGAAGAAAAACACAUAUGGCUGAUCCUGAGAUGAUUGAGAUUUCUGAUGGAGCGGAUGAUGACCAAAGUACUACUAGUGAUGGAAUCAAAGACAUUCAAUCUCCUAAGGCAACAUCUUUGUUCUUUGACUUGAACGCAGAAGCAAGUAGUGGUGACUGGGAUCAUGAGGAUGUGUCAAACAUUAAUGAUGAAUUGAAUGGAAGCAACACAUCUGCAGAACAGAAAGAGCAGACGGCAACCAGCAGCGGUGCAGUUAGGCAAUAUAUUCGAUCCAAAAUGCCAAGGCUUCGUUGGACUCCUGAUCUCCAUCUAGCUUUCAUCCAUGCCGUUGAGAGACUCGGAGGACAAGAAAGGGCAACGCCAAAAUUAGUACUUCAGUUGAUGAAUGUUAGAGGACUCAGCAUUGCUCACGUCAAGAGUCAUUUGCAGAUGUAUCGAAGUAAGAAGCUCGAUGAGUCCGGCCAAGUGUUACCUCAGUUCAACAGAUCUCGAGGAAUAUUGUAUCAAGGAAGAGACCACAUUGUGGAAGCCUAUCAACAGUUCAAUUCUUUCAGGCACUUCAGGCUUGAUGGCAGAGGAAGCCAAUUUCCUUCUUCAUUAAAACAUCAUCAGCCAUUCGAUGACUUGAAUGCCAACUGUUCAAGGUUAAUUUCACAAUGGAGCAAUUCUGGAAUGAAGAACCAUAGGAGCAUCAAUACAAUUACAAGUUCUCACAUCUUUAGUGUAAAAGAAGCCGUGACAAGAAUAAGUAAUGGACCAAUUAGACCCAGCAGCCGGUUUCUUGAAGAGAAGAGAUGGCCUCCCCGUGAGAUGAUUGGAAAUCACAACAAAGGCAGGAGACAUUCUCUAAACAUUUCUUGGGGUAAUACCAUUAAUGUAGCACAACCUAAACCAGCGGGGAGCCUCCAGGCAAGCUCCAGCCAAUAUCUAUCCAAUACUUCUACACGUAGUCCAAAGUUCGUCUCCAGCAGUUAUGAACCCUUAUCUGAUCCGAAUGAGGAUGAAAGCAUAAAUGGAGAACUAUUUCGAGCUGAAGUUGAUGAUAAUAUGCAAACGUUGAACCAAAAGAAAUGGCCACCUUUGAACUUACAGUUGAGUUUACGGCAAGAUUACAGUAUCUGCAGCGACGAUAGGAAUGACGGUGAACAAGAAAGCAUGAAAGAUAUUGAAACAAGGCUCUCUCUUUCUUUAUCCUCGUCUUCACCAAGGCAACAUGAUAAAUCCAGCACGCCCACAUCAAGAGUACGACUCUUGUCAUUUCCUCUCUCCGGGGGCCUCAAACCUACUUAAGGAGAUAAAAAGAUAGACAUGACUAUUAAUAUGAUGAUAUUAUCUUAAUUGUAAAGUUGAGGUGAAUUAUUUACAAUAAAUUACUGUAGAACCAUCAACCAUGCACAUGAUGGGCAAGUACUUGUUAGGAUCUAACCAUCUAUGAAUAUGCUAAUAGGGCAUACGACUAGUAGUGAGAUCUUUUCAAGUACUUGUUCAAAGUCUCAUGCGGCAUUGAUUGAAUAACGUUGCGGAUCGU